ACAUCAGAGGUUUAUCUACAAGAGAAGAGAACACUGCCAGUGUGCCAGCUCCCGCUCCCGCUCCCGCUCCCUAAACCUAAACCCUCUUUCAUUUUCACAGUUCAUCUUUUUCUCCCAAAAAAUGCUUCUCCAAACUUCUCUGCAAAACCCCAAUGUCUCAGUCUCUCUUUCCUCUUCCCUCUCAUACUCUCGUUCUCUCCCAUGUCGAAAUCCCACUUGUACUAUUCGCCAAUCCGUAAACUAUCAGAGUUUUUCAGUCACCUGCUCCAUAUCCCAAGUCCAUAGCUAUGGCACUGUGGACUUCGAGCGUCGCCCCUUAUUGAAAUGGAAUGCCAUAUACAAGAGGAUUUCUCUUAUGGAGAAUCCUGAGCUUGGUUCUGGGAGUGUUUUGAACCAGUGGGAGAAGGAGGGAAAGUUACUCUCUAAAUGGGAUCUUUGUAGGGUUGUCAAAGAAUUGAGGAAGUACAAGCGUUUUGAUCGAGCUCUUGAGGUGUAUGAUUGGAUGAACAGUCGAGUAGAGAGGUUUAGAUUAUCCUCUAGUGAUGCUGCAAUUCAAUUAGAUUUAAUAGCCAAAGUUCGUGGGAUUGCUGUAGCUGAAAGUUUCUUUUUUAGUCUAUCGGAAACUUCAAAAGACAGGAGGAUAUACGGCGCCCUGCUCAAUGCCUAUGUUCGGGGGAAGAUGAAACAAAAGGCAGAAUCUUUGCUUGAUCAAAUGAGAACUAAAGGUUAUGCCUCACAUUCUCUUCCCUUUAAUGUGAUGAUGACACUAUAUAUGAACCUCAAGGAUUAUGAGAAGGUUGAGUUAGUAGUUUCAGAAAUGGUGAAGAGAAGCAUUCGGCUAGAUAUAUACUCCUACAAUAUCUGGUUAUCCUGUCGCGGAUCACAAGGAUCUGCAGAGAAGAUGGAAGAAGUAUUUGAACAGCUGAAAACAGAUAAAUCCAUCAAUCCCAACUGGACCACAUUUAGUACAAUGGCUACAAUGUAUAUCAAGAUGGGGCAAAUUGGGAAGGCUGAGGAAUGUUUAAGGAAGGUUGAGAGUAGAAUCACUGGUCGGGAUCGGAUCCCUUAUCACUACCUUUUAAGUCUAUAUGGUAGCAUUGGUAACAAAGAAGAGAUUUAUAGGGUGUGGAAUGUUUAUAAAUCAAUAUAUCCCAAUAUCCCAAAUUUGGGCUACCAUGCAAUUAUCUCUUCUCUACUCAGAGUAGAUGAUGUUGAAGGGUCAGAAAAGAUUUAUGAGGAAUGGUUGCUGGUCAAGUCAACUUAUGACCCCAGAAUAGCAAAUCUUUUCAUGGUUUAUUAUACUAGAAAAAGAUAUUUGGAGAAAGCGUUAAAUUUUGUUGACCACAUUGUUGAAGUGGGAGGAAAACCCAAUUCAGCCACCUGGGAGACUCUUGCCGAGGGGCAUGCUGGAGAGAAGAAAAUUCCUGAGGCUUUGUUUUACUGGAAAAAAGCUUUUGCAGCUGAGGGUUCAAAGAACUGGAGGCCAAAACCUGUUAACGUGUCUGCUUUUCUUGAUCUAUGUGAGCAAGAAAAUGAUCUUGAAAGCAAGGAUGUUUUGGUGAAAUUGAUGAGGGAUUCAGGCAAUUUGGGAGGUGAAUGGUAUGCGUCAAUUGCGGGCUUAUCCCCUGAAGCUAACAAUGACAAUGGAAUAGCAUCAGAGGAAGGUAGUUUUAGUACAGAUGACAAUGAUGAUGAUAAGGAUGAGUCUGAAAUGGUUCUCAACCAAUUAUAGGUAGCCCUCGAUAUGAUUCGUACUUUUUUAUUCAUUGAAAAUUUUACCAUGGAUCAUUUCGCGGAUGUAUAAGAUGCAUUCUUUGAAGUUUCAAAGGGCUGUCACCUCUUUUCUUUAUAAUGGUAACUUGAUACCUGGGUUCCAUUCUGCUUGUAGAAUCCCCUAGCCAGGUAUGUGAAAUGUGACCCUUACUGAACUGCCUUUUAAUAAGUGAGAGGCUGAGCUUUGCUCGGGGAGUAACUUGUGUGUAAAAAUCUCUUUGGCCUCUUAUAUCUAUAUCCAUUGCUUAAUGUA